CGACCUGGCAUGAACAGCUGGCGUGCAGCUCACAAACUGACAGCCAGGUUUUCUGUGUUGUUUUUUUGCCAAACAAAACUAUCGUGGUUUAUUUCUGUCGUUUGUCGCAGCUAUGCACUGUCUGAAAGCGCUGCGUCUAUCAAACUCUGCUCCGCUGAUCGUCAAAAGUACAGAUGUGUCGAAAAAGAUUUUCAUCAUCCAGCCCGAGUGUUAUUUCGGCACAAAAUCAACAACCUACUCCCAGAGACGACCCCCUUCACACUUGGAUCAUUCCCAUUUGAAAAUUGUGUCCUCUUCACUUAUGCAUAUGCAUUCAAAGCCUUCCUGUUCCGGAGUGGAGAACAUGCUUUUCUACACCAUCACAGAGGGGAAAGAGCAGGUGCCCAUCUCAUACUUUACAGCAGCUCUGAAAAAAACUGGCCUUCACCCAUCAGAUCCUCGUCUUAAAGACUGCAUGGAUAACAUUCGACAGGCUGUGAAGGAAUCAGUUGGUGAGGUGAUGAUGGACAGAGACCUUUUCCACAGGUGUGUAGGUGGAAACAUUGUCCUGCUCAUCCAGGCCUUCAGGAAGAAGUUCAUCAUCCCUGAGUUUGACGUGUUUGUGCAGAAAAUCAAUGAAAUCUAUGAAAAAGUGCAAAAUCAAAGUGAUGGAAAGGUGGCAGACUACAUCCCCCAGCUGGCCAAGUUCAGCCCAGAACUGUGGGGCGUGUCUUUGUGUACAGUUGAUGGCCAGAGACACUCAGUAGGCCACACCAAGCAGCCCUUCUGCCUGCAGUCGUGUGUGAAGCCUCUGCAGUACGCCAUCGCCGUACACGAGUCAGGAACAGAGAAGGUUCACCGCUAUGUUGGCAUGGAGCCCAGUGGACUUAAGUUCAAUGUGCUUUCACUUGAUGAUGAAGAUAAGCCCCACAAUCCCAUGGUGAAUCCUGGAGCCAUAGUGAUCAGCUCUCUUAUCAAGCCUCACUCGAAUAAGGCAGAAAAGUUUGACUAUGUUAUGGAGUUUGUGAAAAAGAUGGCUGGCCAAGAGUAUGUAGGAUUCAGCAACGCCACGUUCCAGUCAGAAAAAGAAACGGGCGACAGAAAUUUUGCAAUCGGAUACUACAUGAAAGAAAAGAAGUGUUUCCCCCCGGGAGCGGAUAUGAUCGAUGCGCUUGACUUCUACUUCCAGCUUUGCUCCAUUGAGGUAACCUGUGAGUCGGGAAGCAUCAUGGCUGCCACUCUGGCCAAUGGAGGGAUUUGUCCAAUUACAGGCGAGCGCAUCCUGAGUGCUGAGGCGGUGCGAAACACCCUGAGCCUCAUGCACUCCUGUGGCAUGUAUGACUUCUCCGGCCAGAUGGCUUUUCAUGUGGGCUUGCCUGCAAAAUCAGGUGUCUCUGGUGCAAUUCUGUUGGUGAUCCCUAAUGUGAUGGGAGUGAUGUGCUGGUCUCCACCACUGGACAGGGAGCUUGUGUCAGUGUUCAAUUUCCACAAUUAUGACAACUUGAGUCACUUAGUAAAGAAACAGGACCCUCGCAGGCAGGAUGGAGAAGACAGGAACAGGUCUGUUUUCAACUUGUUGUUUGCUGCCUACAGUGGAGAUGUAUCGGCCCUGAGAAGAUUUGCACUUUCUUCCAUGGAUAUGGACCUCAAAGACCAUGAUUCUCGAACAGCACUGCAUGUUGCAGCAGCUGAGGGUCACAUGGACGUAGUAAAAUUUCUCACUGAAACCUGCAAAGCUGAUCCGUUUGUAGAAGACAGGUGGGGUAACCUACCGGUCAAUGAUGCCAUGCAGUUUGGGCAUGAUGAGGUGGUGAAGGUGCUCAAAGAUUACCAGCAAGAGUGCAGGCAGCAGGAAAAGCAGCACAGUGAAGCAGUGCAUUCCAAGAAGCUGGACACCAUCGAAGGCAUGGUGUGAAAAUAAAGUUCUGAAAUUGUAACAUGUCGGGACAUUUGUGCAGUUUGCUGAGCUUAUAUGAAAGUCAGUUUUUAGGACAUGAGUGAGAGAGUAGAAUAUAACUUUCCUGGAGCUUUAUAAAGGAGGUGGGUGAUUUUUAUUUUUCUAUAGUAGUCAUUAGGUGAAUGUUUUAUUGUUUAACAGUUCAAUAACCCUAGGUAUAUUUUUGAGGGUUGUUUGACUAAUAUCUUUGUCAAAGCACAAUUGAGUACCAUGUUACUCCAAAUGAAGGCAAAUUUAUGUCACCAGAGUUUAAAUGACAUGAGUUCCAGCAGCAGGUGACAGGCUAGCAAAGGUUUUUGAUGACAGGAAAAUGGAGGGUGGUUUGUGUUUCUGUUUUUAAAUCAUAACCCUAACAAAAUAUUUUUGGUCGUUCUUUUUGUGGCUGGUCUGACUCUGAAAGAUUGCAGCGGUAUGCUGGUCCUUUUCUCCCAUUCAGACUGCCUACCAAAUGAGUCUCUGGGUGGUGUUUUAUGAUAUUAUGCCUCAGAAUACAUAAAAAAAAUAAAAAAUAAUGUUCCAAAAAGUUAAUGAUGUGAAA